AUGGAUGUUCAAAAAUGGUAUUUGAGAACUUCAAAGCUGGCUCUGGCCUUGGCAAUUAUCCGCUCAAAACCAGCAGACAAAAGCAGCAGAGAAUACACAGAGCACCUUGCCAUGUUGCUGUCUGAGGAGGAGUCAAAAUGGAGAUCAAAAGUUGAAGUCUUGGAAGCUGAAGUUAUGCAAUUACGUCAAAAACUUCUUGUGGGCAGGCUUUGUUCAGCAUCCUUAAAGAGUGGAAACCUAUCUUCCCAGUUGGAGGCUCAGGAACCUAAGAGUUCUGAAAGUACAUUAACUUCGAUGGAAGAUUCUGGAUGUGAUUUGUCAAAUGAGCAGAGAACUGAAUCCUCAGACCUGUCCCAGCACUUUGUAGAAAGCUGUACCCCCACUCACUUUCCACCACUGCCUCUUGUGAAAAGACCUUGUGCUAUCCUGCAAAAUCCUUUGUCUUCUCACAUGCAAUUCUUGCAAUAUCUUCUUGAAUUAAAGAACUUGACAGAAUCAGGUCAUCUUAAAAGAGACUUAACCCACUUUGAAAAAGACUCUUCCACAGUCUCCGAUUCUGUUUUUCAGUUGCUGGAUGGCCUGAUCACUUUUUACCGUAAUCCCAAACUUCCUUUUUCAAGAUUUUGGACAGAAGCUGUUGGUACUUUAGCUAGUCUGAUCAGUGACUGUAACUUAUCUAGUCAUAUUCUUAAAAAGUGUUCCAAGAAGUUGGAAGAAUUUGAGAAAACCCUACUACAUGCUAUUUUAGGAAACAAUCAUAUAAAUCGGUUUCAGGUGCAGCGUUAUGUCUCUCAGAGUCUGGUAACCCUGGGAAGCUGCCGCUUGUUGAGAAAAUCUAUUAUAUCUCUGCUUCUAUCAGAAGUAAAUGGCUUUGCCGAUGAUCUGGGAGCCAUCAAUCAGGAGCAAGCGAGUUAUGAUGUGUCACGCUAUGAAAAUAUUUUCUACCUGUUCUGGGUUCUGGAGCAGCUUCUUCAAAAGGAAACCAAAGAAGGCAACACUUCAAGUAUAGGUCAUGAUGACCAAGAAAUCAAGAAAUUUCUUCAGAAGCAUGAUGAAACUAUUUUCCAACUUUCUGAUGCAUUUCCUUUGUUUACUAUUUAUUUAUGGAGAGUGGGCAUUCUUUUGAACUCAGCACAGAUAGAAUCUCUUAAAAAUAACUCCAUUCCUUAG